AUGGCGGCGGUGCCCGCGCUGCUGGUCAUGGGCGUGAGCGGGUCGGGAAAGUCAACCGUGGGCGCCCUGCUGGCUUCUGAGCUAGGAUGGAAAUUCUAUGAUGCAGAUGACUACCACCCAGAGGAGAAUCGAGUGAAGAUGGGGAAAGGGAUUCCACUGGAUGACCAGGACAGGAUUCCAUGGCUUUGCACCUUGCAUGACAUUUUACUCAGAGAUGUAACCUCAGGACAGUAUGUGGUCCUAGCCUGCUCAGCUCUGAAGAAAGUGUACAGAGACAUCUUAAUACGAGGAAAGGAUGGUGUACCUCCGAAGAGUGAUGCGCCCGGGAAGGAAGGAAAGCCAGCUGAGGUGCAGCUCCUCGUGGUCUAUCUGAGUGGGUCAUUUGAGGUCAUCUUUGGACGCUUACUCAAAAGGAAAGGACAUUUUAUGCCCUCCGAAUUAUUGCAGUCUCAGUUCAAUACUCUGGAACCCCCCUCAGAUCCAGAAAAUUUCAUCCAAAUCAAUGUGGACAAAAGUCUUCCAGAGAUAAUUGCCAUAAUUAUGGAAGCUCUCAAAUGA